AUGGGUGCUGCGAUGGGGCGGAAAGCCGAAGAGGAUCACCAACGGCACGUCAGAGCCAGAUCUUGGGGGCCUGAACCUGCGCUUGACUCCGGUGGAGACCUCGCGAUGCUGAGCUAUGGACGUCUGCGCUCCGGCGAUGAAUGGCGAGUUCAGACGGUCCUAACCCGCCUGGGCCAGGUCAACCGUGCCCUCUUCGCUCUCCCUCUCUCCCACUACCUCUUCCAUGUACGGACGGGCCUUGGUCUGCCACUCCCUCUCCCAAGUUUCUGGCUCUUUGUCGUCAGCACCCCAGGGAUGGGGAAUUCCAGGAGGACUGAGCGCGCCCAACCGCCCCCUCGUUGGCUCCCCAAGUCCCCGAGCAACCGCCCCACCUCCAUCUCCCUCUGCAUCUGGCUGCUGCUGUCUCCGCCCGGGAAUGAUGAUGGAUUGGUGCCUGACUUAGCCCUAGCAUGGGCAGGCCGACUCUCCUACAGUGUACCAGAAGAGGGGCAGCAAUAUACCGUCGGCCUGGUGGAUGUGGAUGCGCCCGCUGGUCGGACCCGCUGCCAAAUGCCAAUCAGCACGGACGGAUGUGCACCACUGGGAGUGCCGACCACCGGCCACCAUACCACGCGUCGCAAGCUCUUACCGUCCCCGUCGCCCCCAAACUUGCUGGGCCGGGUUGCGUGCAGCAGACAGAGAGGGGCAAGAGGGGCUCGUACCUGGGCCGAGGGCUCCAUUUGGAUCCUGGGCCAAACUUUCGCGGGAGAUCCUCAGCAGAUCCAGGCCUGCCACGCUGACAUGAACUCACGCCCUCAGGUUGAGCUAGUGUCUACUACCGAGGUUAGGUCAGGUUAUCGGCUCGGGUUCGGUUCGCUGGGCGAAUCUCCCCCAUUCCGCCGCUGUCCCCGUCCGGUUGCUGACUGGUCCCGGUUCUCGGUUCCUCCCCCCUACCCACGACCUCUCGUAGUUGACCCUUCCCGUUCUCCUGUCGAUACGGUAAGCUGGUACGCCAUCCGGCGUACGCCGUACAUACAAGGAUCGACACCACCCGUAGCUUCGAAAACUCUGCUCAGCUUUAGCCCCUUGCCAGCGUCUCCCCACCGGACCCCACGUCCUCCGCCCAAUUCGAAUGUUGUCUUUUGCCCGCGCAAUUGGCAGGGUCCCGGAGGAGCGGGCGAACUGGAGACGAUCCCAGAUGGCGCACGCGUGGAAACUCAAUUGGCGCCCAUGACAGAUGUCAACGUCGAGUGUCUUUGCUUGAUUAAGUUUGGUUUCACUUCGGGGCGCAGCCACCAGCCACCACGCCCUUUUUCCAUGGGUGCCGUCGCAGUCCAGGACGGAUAA